CAACAGCCUAGUCAAGUGCCCACGAUUCCCUCGAGGCUCUGGUUGCUAUAGUGACGGCUCGGGCACGCCGCAGUGGGAUUGCUUCCGCUCCGAGCCCCGCCCAGACCCAGCCCCCGACGUCCAGGAUUGGUCAGAUGCUCUCGGGUCGCGCGUGGUCAUCGUUGCCAUGGUGAUUUCCGCAGCGAACCGAGCCGGACCAGGCUGCGCUGAACCCGAAUCUUCCGCUGCUGCUGCUGCCAAACUCUCCGGAAGGAUGAGGGCCUCCCUGCCGCCUCUGGGGCCCCCUGUGAGCCGGGACCGCAUCAUCGCCAGCUUCCCUAAGUGGUACACGCCUGCCGCCUGCCUGCAGCUCAAGGAGCACUUCCACGGGCAGGUCAACGCCGCCUGCCAGCGCAGGAACACGGGGACCGUCGGGCUCAGCCUCUCCAAGGCUGUUGUCGUCGGCGACCUCCACGUGGGCAAGACCAGCCUCAUCCACAGGUUUUGCAAGAACGUUUUUGACCACGACUACAAGGCCACCAUCGGGGUGGACUUCGAAAUCGAGCGCUUUGAGAUUGCUGGAAUCCCCUACAGCCUCCAGAUCUGGGACACAGCAGGACAAGAGAAGUUCAAGUGCAUCGCAUCUGCCUAUUACCGGGGCGCCCAGGUGAUCAUCACAGCCUUUGACCUCACGGAUGUGCAGACCCUGGAACACACCAGGCAGUGGCUGGAGGAUGCGCUGAGGGAGAACGAGCCAGGCUCCUGCUUCAUCUUCCUCGUGGGGACCAAGAAGGACCUUCUGUCCAGGGCGGCGUGUGAGCAGGCGGAGGGGGAGGCCGUGCACCUGGCCAACGAGCUGCAGGCCGAGUACUGGUCGGUGUCGGCGAAGACGGGGGAGAACGUGACGGCCUUCUUCAGCCGCGUGGCCGCCCUGGCGUUCGAGCAGUCGGUGCUGCAGGCCCUGGAGAGGAGGAGCGGCUGCCGGCUCCUGAUUGGCGACGGAGACCUCAUCCGUGCGUACAGGCCGCGCGGGGGCGGAGGCAGGCUGUGGCCUCACAUCCACCUCCAGCAUCCUCCCACCCCCCUCGGGCCGUCCUUUCUCCGUCACUCUGACCCCAGGCCCCAGGGCCACAGCCUCCCAGAUCCCGCCUGCCAGCUCAGACCCCCUCGCUGCUCCCCUGUCCACCGGGCAGUCUCCCCACGGGCAGGCUGGGCACCCAGGCUCCACGGUGUGUCCUGGCUGUGGCUCUCCUAGUACCUACCUUUGCCCAUCACCCGGAAUGUGUCCCCGUGCCCGGCCUUGAAUGAGAGGCCUGGAGGCCUCUGACCACUGACCAGCAGGCACCAGAGGGCAUCGGGUGGGGGGCCCUGUCCCGUGUCCCUGCAGGUGCCUGGUUGAUGCCAAGUGACUCCUCUCCUUCCAGGGAUGGAGGGAAGCCCCUCCGAGACCCAGGGGAGCGAGAGGCCCUCCGGCCUGGGCUGCUGUUAGCUGGGGUCUGUGUCUGAGGCCUCCACUCCCGACACCGCGUGGGCAGCGCCAUCUGAGACUGCGGAGGGGGCACGUGGAGCCUGAACUCGGCGACGUAUCUGUGCAGGCGCCACUCCCGCUUCUCUAGCGGGAAAGCCCUCGCUAGCUGCCCGGGGCCCGCACUGCCCGACUGGGGGGCGCCGUGGUGCCACCUGGAAGGCCAGGCUCACCUACAGACUCACCCAUCUGCCGGCCUUGAGAAACCUCAGACUGCAGGCACAGGACACGUGUGCCGCGGCCCUCAGCACCCGUCAGCAUCUGCACGUGCCCUCAGCCUCUCCUGGUGAGCAGGGCCUGGCCGAGUCAGCACACGAGGACCACCUGCCACCCCGCCUGGGACUUCCCUUCGCAGCAGGACUUGCACUUCUGGGUCCCCCGUCCAGUCCCUCUGCCAGAGCCAAGCGGGGUCCCCGGGGGCCUUGCCUGCCUCGUGGACCCUCCUCUCUGGAGGAGGACGGGCGUCCCCCCAGCCCUCCGCACACCCAGCCGGGCAGGCCCAGCCCUCCGCACACCCAGCCCUCCGCACACCCAGCCCUCUGGCACACCCAGCCCUCCUGCACACCCCGCCCUCCGCACACCCAGCCCUCCUGCACACACAGCCCUCCGCACACCCAGCCCUCCGCACA